CGCGUGGGUGAUAGCAGAAGGAUGAGAAGAAAGGUGGUAACUGCAGCUGCCUCAUGAAUGAAGGCGCAAUAAUGCCCUGUGAGAUGGUGUGGAGGCCCCCGCGCACAAGAAAAGGACUGUGAGUUCAUCUGAAGAGGAAUUGGAUCUUGGCGUUAAGAGUCGUCACCUGGGCUGAGAAGUUUGCCUCAAAUUAACCAGCAAAGAUGAGAUCGAACACUUCUACAAGUUGGAGAGUCCGAGGCUGGAUAACGUGCGUCCUCGUCACCUUUUACGCACAGAACGCUGUCUCCAAAUCUCUCCGGUGUAAUGAAACACAUUAUUUAUUAGGCUCCAGGUGCUGCAAGAAGUGUCAACCAGGCUUCCGUUUGUUUUCCGAGUGCACUAAUUCCAAACCGACUAUAUGUAAUAAAUGUAAUCCGGGUGAAUACCAGCCUGGCUGGACUAGAGAGGACCAAUGUCGCCUGCAGAAGCGCUGUGACCCAGUUAAGGGUUUUAUGGAGAGGCCUGAAAACCUUGUGGCAGAGGAGCCAUGUCGCUGCCAUUCCAGCCUCCAAUGCUACCACAUCAACUGUGAGUACUGUGAGAAGAUACCCAUCUGCAGUCCUGGACAUGGACUCGAGGUGGACCUCGAGUCUUCCAAUGGAAGGCAGACAUGUGUCGCAUGUAAGAAAGGCUUCUUCUCUGCUGACAACAGUGCCGAAAAAUGCAAACAAUGGACUAACUGCAAGGCUAAAGACAAGAGGGAAACACAGCCAGGCACCGCUCAGGCUGAUGCAGUGUGUGGACCAUUUAUUUCUGGUGCAGCAUCCUCCUGGGUUGUAGUGUCCGUGCUGUCAGUCAUCACAGUUCUCUGCCUCCUCAUCCUGCUCCUCUUCUGCUACAAAGACAAACUGAAAUUACUCUCUGUAAAUCUGCGAUCCUGUGUCCAGAAUCUGAAGAGGACUAGGAUACAACAGGAGACCUUGGCCCCUCUUUACCACAGUGGAGCCGGAGGAGGAUUAGGAGGUGGCCCCAAAUAUAUACCAUGUGAGACGACCAAACUCAUCUGCCAAGCACCCCACAGCCCCGCCGAUGAGCACCCAUGCACCUUUCCAACAUCCGUUCCCGAUGUCAAGGUCUCACUGCCCUUAACGGGGGAAAGGACGGAGGAAGAAGGGACCAAGGGGAAGAUAGUGAUGGAGGAUCAGAGUGAAGGGCCCGGAGAACCCGAGGAGGUGUCAGAAGAAGAGGAGGUUGCGAGUGUGUCUCCUCUUUUGGCAGGUUCUUGUGUGUGUGUCAUUCCUGUCCAUGAGCCAUUGGAAGUAGGGGAUAAUGAGGACUGUAGCCAGGCUGUCAGCCCCGGGACUCCAGGAACCUGCUCAUGCAGAGGGCUGGAUGGAGAUGAAAGUGGGAAAGAAGAGAGAAUUGGGAGUGUCAGGACAGGCGGUAAUGGAGAAAAUGAACUCUGCCUGCCGCUGUCUCAAGCUCAGAUAAGACCAGAGUUCAAACUUCACCUGACUGACAGGUCACUGGUAAAGCAGGAGGAAUUGUACAGACUGGCAAGCACAGACUCCACCUCGACAGAGAACGGUACAACCUCUCCGAUGACCUCGGUCAGCCCCUUGAUGACUUCCUCAUCUGUUGGAGAUCUCUACCUGGACAAGCCCACUGAGGCCUCGAGCCCGGAGCAAGGUCAGGGACUUUCCUGGAGGGAUGGCAAGGGAAUCAAACUCUCUUCUGGAGAGUUAGAUCUUGAGUGUUCACCUGAGAGCCUCCAUAGUCAGCUGACUGAACCAACUCUUACCUCAGGUCAGGUGUCUGGGAGCCACAACACCACCUUUAUCUCCAGCGGUCAGGUGAUGAACUUCAGCGGCGAUGUCAUAGUCGUCUAUGUCAGCCAGACGUCUCUCGGUAGCGAAGGGGCGGGUCAGGAUGAUGCCUUCGGGAGCCCUGUCCAGGAAGAGGCCAAUGAGACGGCUCUGUUUUUCCAGAGCAGCAUGAGGCCACAAGGGGACUCCAUUAGUCAAAGCACCUUGCAAGACGAGACACUGCCAGUCCAGGAAGUGAUGGAGGAGCGGCUGCUGAGGAAGUGAAAAGUGACUACUGGCUGUUUGUUUGUCAGAAGACGAAGUCAAAGAACAUUAUUGAUAUUCUAUACAGCCAAAGUACCCACGGACUGCGCUACCUCUUUCCUUCAGGACAGUACAGUGACCAUUUCAGUGACAAUCAGUUAGCCAAUGUAAAAAUGACUCAGCUCCUAAUUGCAUGAAAAAAAGCCUGAAUAAAUCUGUAAACCAUCCGUGCUUUCUGCAAAGAAGAAAGGGGGGAAAAAGGGCUUUUAUUUCAAAUGAAGCUGAGCAGAGAACAACUUUUUAGGGAUGUGGAGCUAUCAAUCUAUGCCUACAUCAUUGGUUUGGAUACAUUUCACACAGUCACUCAAUCUUGCCUCAGGCAUCUCCAAAGUGCCUUUAUUCAUUUUCCAUUGGAAGGGUUCAUGCUUUUUCAAGUGGAAACUCCCUCCUUUCUAGACAAAGAUGGGGAAUUUUGUUUGGAAUAAGUUGUGGAACUAGGGUUCAGACUGGAAGAACUUCAUGUUUUUAUUGUUGAAUGGAAAUUGCAGCUGGGUCAUGAUAUAACAGCGUUAGUGCAUUUUUCAUUUCCCACCUUCCACCAUUGGCUAGCCCGGGUUAAAGUCUGUACACUCCUGUUUUUAAUCGUACUACAUUUGAUAUUUGCAUGAUUUCAAGAGUGCCCAUGCAUAACAAAAUAUCCACCAUGUGGAUAUAAUUGUGUUUGCUGUCACAAAAUCAAGCCAUUAAAGUAAAUAUUUGUAUGUUAGACAUUCAAUCUACAAGCUACAUUACUAUCUGGCAUUUCACUGAGUGAAUGUCCCUUUUUUGGGGGUUAAAGGGUUCGACAAAAGCUAAUUUACAGUAAACAGACACACCCAGUUUUGGUACGAUGCUUAUUUAUCCCAUAUGUAGAUUUUUUUAAAUUCUCUACGUAUUGCACUUAGUGCAGUGUGUGUCUAACAAAAAAAAUGCUAUGCAUUUGAUAAGCUAUUUUAUUACUGGUUUGUUUUGUUUCAUUAUGUUUUAAUGUACAAGCCUUCAUGAAGAAAAGUAAAAUGUCAGCCUGUUUAUAUUUGAAUUAAUUUGACAAAGUAGAUUGUUUAUGUAUUAUUUCAGGAGAUAUGUGAUCAAUGUCUGUAUAUAUUUCAAAAGAAAAGGAUGUAUAUGUGAAUGUCUUCGUGCUUCCUCAUUUGAUUUGAGCUGUGCUAAGUGGCGCCAUUAACAGCAGGCAAAACGCACAUGUCGGAGUUAUAAGGGACUGUUCGAUUACAACAUCGCCAUAUCUUUGCAGCCAUACGAUUAUGUACAUAUCAAUCAAACCUACUGCAAUGAAUGACUGAAAGAAUAUUUUGAUUGAAAUUAAAUACGUUUUGCAUCUAA